CACUGUUGACACACAGGAAUCUAGACACAGACACACACACACACACACACACACACACACACCCUCUUAGGCAAGAUUCUCCUCUCCAACAGACAGCAACUUGCUCUCUCGCUCUCUCUCUCAUACUGUGUCUUUCCCCUCUGCUGGCAGGUGUUAGAAAUAAAACCAUAAAUAACUGAGACAAACGAAGCAAGUAUGGAAGACAAACGUCUUUCUCCAUGAGUUGUUCGAAGACAGAGAAGAGCGGGCGAGAGAGGGGACCAUGAGCUGAGUGAAGAGAGCUGGAAGAGGGAUCUGCAUUUUAAGUAGCUAGAACAGACAGCGAUUGUGUUUUUUUUUUUUUCCCUUCAUGUUUUUUACGGCUUUCUUUGUGCGAGGCUGAGCAAAGGAUCAGAAGCAGGACUUUGGACCUAUCAUCUUGACUAGUGUCCAGCGUCUGUGUGGCGUGUGCAUGGAGGACUGUGGUAGUGUGUUGCAGAGCAGGGGAAAAGAACAAGCCAAGAGGAACACAAGGCAGUCAUGGAUACCACUGUGCCUCAGCCAUACGCUUGCAUGGCUUGGAUUUGCAUGCUGGUGCUGGUCUCUGUCCAGUCCAGGAGCUACUCGCGCUUAUGAGGUAGAGCUGCCCUUUCUCUUGCUCCUUGCAUGUGCUGUCUGAGCCAUGCUCCCUGGCUAUGGAUUAUCUCCUCUCCCUGACUUCCAGCCUCACCUCCACGCUUUCCGUUGCCGAGGGGAGAGCUCUGCCAUGUGGAUCCCUGGCUCGCCCGAGGCCCAGGUUGCUCUGAGCAGUUCCCGGGAGAACAGGCCUCUCCUGCGCCAACACAUUGCUGUGUGCCAACAAGAGACGCUAGCCUUCAUUGACCUCCAGCAGAACAGUACAAAUGGCUUUUGCUCCUCAUCUUCGCUGGGGGGGGCACAUUACCUUACCCCAUCCCCCAUGCCCACCUCAAAACGGUCCUUGACAGACUGCUUCCAGAAUGGAGACACUGACUUAGACAGUGACUUGAACACAAAUCUGAAUCUGAACCAUGAAAGCCACCAGGAUGUGGAGGAAGUACAGAAUAACACAAGUGAACCUUGCGUGGACUUGCUUAAGACAGAUCCUGAGAAGCUCUUGCCCCCAUCUCAGGUGGUCAGUCCCAGAGACUUGUUCCUUCCCCUGUCUCCCAUGUUUGUAGAUGCUCACCAGCCCAGCUCCCCCAGCUCCCCACUAGGCUCAGAGCUCCAGAGCCCUGAUCUCUUUCCUUUACAGAGACGAACUUCACAGGGGUCUUCAAAGGAGAAGUCUAUACGCCGCAAAAUGAGGGUAUACUCACCUGACAGUCCGAGUGACGAGUCCCUGAGCAGCCCAGGACUGGAUUCUGAUUACCUGUUCCCGGGAUCCUUUGAGUCGUUCAUGGAGGAAGAGCUAGGCAUGGUGGGUUCCACCAUCCCCACAUCCCAGAGCUCUAGCCCCUUGCUAGAUUUAGAUGAGGAGCUGGCACUCACAUCCUUUCCUGUACCUUCACUGCCGUCCUCCAACCACCCUCACAGGGACACAGGUUUAGAGGAGAACACAAGAGAGAUAGGAAAGGACGAGGUGAACCAGGGGGACAACGGGGUCCCGGAAGGCUCAGCCUUCCUAGGUGGGACCUCCCUGUCUCUCACCCACCCCCUCCCUCUGCCCCGGUCCCGCUCGACAGACCAUGAGCGCCGGCGGUUCUCUGCCUCCGAGCUCAUCUCGCGGCUGCAGCUCUCGCAGAGGAAGAACUCUUUCACAUUGAGGCUGGGCAAGUCACUGUCCGCCCGUGUGGCCUCCCGUGACCGCCAGCCGUCUGGGAACCUCACUGCCGACUACAAACCCUGCACUAGACAGCGUCUUUCAGGGGGGUCAAGUGACAGUGUGCCACAUAGCCCGGUGGGAUUUGCACCACCACUGCCCUCUGCUGACAGCACCCUGCCACUGCACAGGAGGAGCUCCAAGCUCAGCAUGAGGAAAGAUUCCAUUGAUGAAGAUGGAGACGCACCUCCCAGAAGUUCCAAACGCUUGUCACGCUUUCUGCCCAGCUUGGUCCUGUAUCAGGAGUACAGCGAUGUGGCCAUUAACAGAGAGAUCCAGAGGCAACAGGGGGCAGAGCCUGGAAACGAUGAAGACAGGGGUGGGGACUAUGCCUCCCCCAGCAAUCUCUCUCCUUCCAGCUCUUUUCGAUCUUCACGGGGCUCAGCCUUCUCCCUCUGGCAGGAUAUUCCUGAUGUGCGGGGCAGCGGAGAACUGGACAACUUCAGUAAUGAGGAGCGCAAACUGCAGGAGGCCAAGUUUGAAUUGGUGACAUCUGAGGCCUCUUACAUCCGUAGCUUGACCAUUGCUGUGGACCACUUUAUGAUGUCUCCAGAGCUAACAGAGUGCCUGGGGACUCAGGAGAGGCAGUGGCUUUUCUCCAAACUGCCUGAUGUCAAGGACGUCAGUGAGAAGUUUCUGCAGGAUCUAGAGCACCGGUUAGAGGCAGAUAUCUUGCGCUUUGAUGUGUGUGACAUUGUCCUGGAACACUGUCCGGCACUGCGGAGGGUUUACCUUCCUUACGUUACCAACCAGGCUUACCAGGAGCAGACCUACCAGCGGCUCCUACAGGAGAAUCCCCGCUUCCCUGGAAUACUGGCCCGUUUGGAGGAGGACCCCAUAUGCCAACGGCUUCCUCUUACAUCAUUCCUCAUCCUGCCUUUUCAAAGGAUUACACGUCUCAAAAUGCUGGUGGAGAACAUCUUAAAGAGAACAACCCCUGGUUCACGAGAUGAGGACACAGCUACCAAAGCUUUUAAUGAGUUGAAAAAGAUUAUAAAAGAAUGUAACUCCAGUGUACAAUCCAUGAAGAGGAUGGAGGAACUGAUUCAUCUCAACAAGAAAAUACACUUUGAGGGGAAGAUUUUCCCUCUCAUUUCACAGUCUCGCUGGCUGGUGAAACAUGGUGAGCUAUUAGAGGUGGACAUGCAAACCAUGAGCAUAUCCGGGUCGAAGUUCAAACUGCCAACACGGCCUGUGUAUCUGCACCUGUUUAAUGACUGCCUCCUGCUAUCCCGGAGAAAAGACACAUGGAAGUUCAUGGUGUUCGUACAUGCAAAGAUUGGCGAACUGAAGGUGAAGGACCUGAGUCAAAAACUUCAGGGCAUCUCAGGAUUCAUCUUCCAUCUGCAGCUGUGCGAAGGCCAGCAGCUCAAACAUCAGAUCCUGCUCAAGUCACAGACAGAGAGUGGAAAGCAGAGAUGGAUCACAGCCAUGUUUCCCCCUGACCCAAAGACAACCAUUGAGCAGGCCAGUGAGAAUGAGGAUCUAUCUCAGGUUCAGUGCAUUAAGAGCUACCAGGCUCAGGAGCAUGAUGAGCUCACGCUCGAGAAGGCAGACAUCCUUCAAGCUAAAACCAUUACAAGUGAUGGGUGGGUGGAGGGGAUCCGAUUGUCUGAUGGAGAGAGGGGCUGGUUCCCCAAAACGUAUGUGGAGGAAAUUACGAGUCGCAGCGCUCGCUUGAGAAACCUUCGCGAGAACAUUCGCAUCAAGUGCGUCACCCAGAAACUGGAGGGCGAGUCUCAGUGAGGGCAUGUCCUGCUAAAUGAUGCAUAUUUUAUUUAAAACUGCUUUAUUUCAAAAGGUACUGUCAUCUCAUCAUCUGUUUAAUAAGACAAACCAUUGUGGUGUGGGUUUGCACAACAGUGGUCAUGUAUUUGCAAUAAUACAGAUGCAAAAUGAAAAAUGGGUAGCACUGCAACAGUAAUGCCCUCAAGUUUGCUUUCUUUCUUUUGCUAUUAGCACAUGUAGAUAUGUAGCAUUUUUCAUGGCCACAUCUCAGAGCACUGCUGUCUUACAAUCAAAAACGUGGGAUAAAAUCAGGCUCAGAUAGGUAAAAGUAAUAGAAAAGGAUUAAGUGAGCUCAUACACAGCUCAGUUUGGGUAUUAUAUCAUUUGAAUAUGGGUCGAUUGCACUUCAGCAUAAUGGAGAACUGAAUAACUGACUUGUUUCAAAGCUAAAGAAUAGUUGUAAAUAUUCAGAAUUUAUUGUGUUCAGUUUCAAAUGUUUAAAUCAAAAUGAAAAUGUUGCUUUUGCAAAUGACUUGUCCACACCUACUUUUGCAACAUUUACAUAAAGUGUAGCUGCAUUUCAGUGACCAUUAUUUAUGACAGCAGGAUGUGGAUAUUUUUGUAAUUUCUGUUUGGAGAAAAGACACUAUAUAAUUAUGCAGAGCAUGGUCUAUAAAGCAAAACAGAGAUAUAUUCCUUUGUGUUGCAUUCUUGUAAAUGUUUUAUCUCUAAAUAAAUGCUGAUAUCUGGAA